AUGUUUGCAUACAGUGCCCUGAGUCUCCCCAAUGCUCUGCAGUACCUCCUAGCAUCACUGCUGUGGCAGAAGACGCCGCUCGUGGAGUCCCCAUCCCUGCGGUUUGAGCUUCGUCAUGAACAUGGCCUGUCCCAGUCGGCACGCCCUGUAUUCUCUGAUGUUCGGUCUCCUGUCGAACUCGCACCGCAAGAGUACACUUUGAAUACUCGUCCACUGCAAAUUUACAAGCCGACUUUGCACGCCAAUCUUUCGAGUGAUCAGAUUCGUGGGCUUUCUUUCGUCCCAUGGAAUGCAUUAGACACAGAGGGGCCAGAUGUCCGUGACAGGGAGACGCUUCUCAUGCUUGCGAAGAUGGCGAACAACGCAUAUCAAGAGCCAGCAGACAAAGAGUGGUACCAUAUUGGCUCAGACUGGAAUUCUAGCUACCCAUUUGGCUGGGAGCCUAAUGCGGAUGGGUUGCGUGGUCAUAUCUUUGCAACACCAGAUAACUCGACUGUUGUGAUCACGGUCAAAGGCACCGACACUGGAUGGCUCACAGGCGGAGGUGGCCCGACCUUGGACCUACUUGGUCCCCAGUAUGCGAUUGUCAUGAAGGUGGUUACAAGUGUGAUCAAGAAUCUCUAUUACAACGUCUCGUACAUGUAUCCAAGUGCUGACAUAUGGCUUGUCGGCCACUCCCUUGGAGGAUCGCUGGCUUCCCUCAUUGGUGUCACAUUUGGUGCCCCGGUGGUCGCGUUUGAGGCACCUGCAGAGAAGCUCGCCGCACAAAGAUUGCAUUUACCAUCUCCUCCUUCUACUCAACAUGUCACCCACGUGUAUCAUACUGCUGAUCCUAUACCCAUGGGAGUAUGCAAUGGCGUCUCAUCUGCAUGUGCAAUUGGAGGCUACGCCAUGGAAACUCGCUGCCAUUUAGGUAAUAUUAUUCGCUAUGAUACCGUGUCGAAGUUGGGCUGGGGAGUGAGCGUGCGCAAUCACGGUAUCAGAGUGAUUGUCGAUAUGCUCUCAGCCGAGUGGGACAGUGACAACCCCGGUGCCGUUCCUGAUCUGUUUGAAGAAGAGGAUUGUGUAGACUGCUUUAAUUGGGAGUUUGGUCACUUUCGAAACGCUUCUGUUGCCGCUUGUGCUGACAACGUGUAG